AUGAUAGGUGGCUAAAGUCAGCUGAUAGAGAAGGUGUGCAUGGCUUUGCAUAAUGAGCCCAGAUUAGGGAGCGCUAAUGCUGACACACAGAUGUACCUCUCAUUCAGAGCAGCCGGCACCAAGAACACAGGGCAGGUACAGAAACGCAUACAAGUACUAAGAGGGACAGAAAGACCGAGGGGGAACCAAGAGAGACAGAAAGACAGACUAGCUAAGUCACCAUGGCCCCACUCUGGGCACAGGCCUUCCUCCUGGUCACCAUGGCGAUGAUGGGUGUCCAGGGAACGGUGGAGAAGGAGCUCUCUCCAGAGUGCAGGGAGUUCCUGUACAUGGGGACGCCCCCCGUGGGCCUGGAGGACCACUCGCUCCAGAAGAUCUGCCAGUGCUACAACAACAAGCCGCGCUACGUCACGCUGUACGACACGGCCAACCACGUCCCCAUCUACUCCGCCUACACCUUCAAACGCUCCGACGGGGAGAAAAGGGUGGACGUGCCCUGGAUGUACGAGCCACAGCUGUCCACAGUUUCUGACACCAGGGAGAUGCAGGCGUUCCCGCGCGGCUACAUGCACAGGAACUUUGAGGAUGCCCAGGCCAUCCUGGACGACUACACCAAUGCCGUCCUCUACGAGCGUGGCCACCUCAACCCUGACGAGCACCAAGCCGACCCAGACGACAAGGCCUCCACCUACACUCUGACCAACGUGGUGCCCCAGGUCAGAGAGUUCAGCGCUGGCACCUGGAAAGAGCAGGAGCACGUGAUCCGCAAGCGCCUCAACAACUACUGCCACGGCACCGCCUACGUUGUCACCGGAAUCACCACCUCAGGGAACAUGAUCCGGCGCCAUAACAUUGACCGCGUGGCGGUCCCGAUGUACCUAUGGUCGGCCUACUGCUGUACCGACUACGACCACAACGCGCCGUACGAUGAGCGCUACAAGUUUCCGGCAUUCGCCCACUACGCCCUCAAUGAGAAGGAGAACAACCAGGUCCUGGAACUGUCCAUCAAGAAACUGGAGGAGUUCCUCCAGAGGUCCACCUUCGUGGACAAGAACUUCCAGAUCUUUGUGGACGACUGUGUCCCGCCUGCCUUUGCUCUGCAUUAGGUCCCCUGCUCUCUCAGUGGACUUGCCACCCCAAACCACAAGACCUUACAUUUAAUUUACACUUCCUGCAAUGGAAACAAGUAGUCAACAAUAUAGCAGUCUUCUUCAAUUGCUGUUAUUGAUAGAUUGAUUCAUGUUUUUUUUCCCUCUCCAAAUACUUUCUGCAAAGAUCAUGUAGGCCAAAAUGAUGUUUCCGUCUGUGUCUGCUCACAUAAAGUUCACCCAUCUUAUGACAUAGAGUUGAUAUAUAUUGUCAUAAAAUGGGUUCUAUAACGUGGCAUUAGCAAGAUUCUUAUUCAGAGCAACAUUCAGUUUGUGCGAGGGGUGUCAUGUGACCUGUGAAGAAAAUAACAUACCAGCUCAAAUAAAGUACAACAUGACAAUAGAGGUUGUGGUUUAGUCCUAUGGUUGGUUGUGCUCUACUCUAGAAUAUGAGAUAUGAGAAUGUGGUUGACAUCCCCUCAGGCAGAUGUUUUAACACCUUCCACUCCCCUCCUGUGGUUUUCAACAGGAAAUGUUUAAAACAACUGUUCAAACAGGUCUUACAACUAGCAAAAGUUGUUGCUACUUGUGUCACUGAAGUUCCUGGAUGGAAUGUUGUUUUUCUAUACGUCCACAGGGAGGACGGCUCAUAAUAAUGUCUGGGACAGAGCAAAUGGAAUGGCAUCCAACACAUGGAAACCAUGCGUUUGAUUUAUUUGAUACCAUUCCACUAAUUCCGCUCCAGCCAUUACCACGAGCCCACCCUCCCCAAUUAAGAUGCCACCAACCUCCUGUGAUCCACAAUCUUAUUUACUGGAAGCCUAUCAUAGUAACUCCAGUGACAAUCCAGCCUGUGAAGUAAAAUCCUCACGGCACAGCUAGGUUUCCAGACUUCACCUACUACGCCUUCAACGAGGUCCUGGAGUUGACCAUUAAGAAGCUGGAGUUCUUCCAGAGACAUUCUAUCUGAAGGUUCCAGAACUUUAUGCCCUGCCAAACACACCUCUGGUCUCACUGUGGGCCUUUGCCUCCCCAAAACUCCUUACAUUUCAUUUACACUUCCUGCAAUGGAAACAAGUUAACUCUAGUAGUCUUCUUAAAUUGCUGCUCUUAAUUGACAAAACUCAUGGUUGGAUGUAUGUUUUUUUCCUCCUCAAAGAUUAUGUAAAUUAUGCUGGAUAAUGUUCCUACAGUGUCUUCAGAAAGGAUUCAUAGACUUUGACUUAUUUCCUAAACAAAGACUGCUAAAUAAUAUGUAUUAAAUACUGCCAGAGUUAGAUACAUAACAUGCAGUAUGUUAAAAUAUAACUGAACUGAACAUACCCAUAAAAUCCCAGUCUGUGCUUUUCAGAAAAAGCCAGGAAUUUCAACGGGCACCAAAAUACCCCCAUUGUGAAAAGAAAGGAAAACAGUCAUGUUAUCAAACAACUGAGAGGCUAAACAUGUCUUCCCCUCCGUAGCUUCGUAUUUGCUUUAAAUCCUGUCUGCUGGAGAAACUCACUGUUUGUCUAUAGCUUCAAAUGUGAUUUACAGUGCUUUCAGAAUGGAUUCAUAACCCCUUGACGUUUUACACAUAUUGUUGUGUUACAGCCUGAAUUCCAAAUGGAUUACAUCGCUUUUUUUUCUCACCCAUCUACACGCAAUACCCCAUAAUGACAAAGUGAAAACAUGUUUUUAGAAAUGUUAGCAAAUGUAUUCAAAAUGAA